AUGGGAGGCCGGCACGUGGGCGCGAGGGCGAAGUGGUCCGUCGGCUUGAUUGGCACGGCCGGUCAUGUGGCUGGCGUGUGGUGCUACCUCCACUCGGGUCUGCCAAAUGUCGAUCCCAAAGGUUCCAAACAAGUCCUAGAAAAUGACAAAUCGCAUUUUUUCCAGAAAAUUGAAAAGGAAAUGUUGCAAUCAAGCUAUCCGGAAGAGUGA